GGGAGGCAGUUUGAAGCCGAAUUGGUCGGCCACUGGGUGGCAAGGCAAGCCAAGGCCAGCCAAGCCAAGCCCCCGAGCCGAGCCAAGCCGAGCUCCGCUUCGUUGCUUGCUUGCUUGAGUUGAGUUGCGUUACGUUGCGUUGCGUUGUGUACUCGGUUGCUCGCAUCUUGAAAUGCUCUUGGAUUCUCCACAUCCACCGCGAGCCACGAGCUCCAGUAUCCGAUUAGCACAAUCUUUGCCAGGAAGGCAGGCAGAGGGAGGGAGGGAGGGAGGGAGGGAGGGUCUGGGAGCUUGUUUGUUGCGGGGGCUAGGGUUGCCUCAGGCUGUCACUUUGCCCUCGGACGUGGCCUGAGGGGGUUUUGUAGCUUUGAGCUGCGGACGCAAGUGGCGGUGUACGUGUUAGCGUUUUGCAUCUUCUUGUUGGUGUGAGCCGUGCAAAGGGAGUUGGCUGGACACAACACGAUGGACUUGGAUCAGUGGCUUGAGAAAGUAAAGGGCGGCAACUACCUCUUGGAAGACGAGCUGAAGCAACUCUGUGAAUAUGUGAAAGAAAUAUUGAUGGAGGAGUCCAAUGUUCAGCCUGUCAACAGUCCUGUUACUGUUUGUGGCGAUAUUCAUGGACAAUUUCAUGACUUAAUGAAGCUUUUUCAGACUGGAGGACAUGUGCCUAGUACAAAUUACAUUUUCAUGGGUGAUUUUGUGGAUCGAGGUUAUAACAGUUUGGAAGUAUUUACAAUACUUUUGCUUCUGAAAGCAAGAUAUCCUGCUCAUAUGACAUUGUUGAGGGGUAAUCAUGAGAGUAGACAAAUCACUCAGGUCUAUGGAUUUUAUGAUGAAUGUCAGCGUAAGUAUGGAAACCCAAAUGCUUGGCGGUAUUGCACUGACGUUUUUGACUACCUGACACUCUCGGCUAUCAUAGAUGGAAGGGUGUUGUGUGUACAUGGAGGAUUGUCUCCAGACGUUCGAACAAUUGAUCAGAUUAGGGUGAUUGAGAGGCAGUGUGAGAUUCCUCACGAGGGGCCAUUUUGUGAUCUGAUGUGGAGUGACCCUGAGGAUAUCGAGACUUGGGCUGUUAGUCCACGAGGUGCUGGAUGGCUCUUCGGUGCACGCGUUACCUCCGAGUUUAAUCAUAUAAACGGAUUGGAGCUUGUUUGUCGUGCUCAUCAACUAGUACAAGAGGGACUGAAGUAUAUGUUUCCUGACAAAGGACUUGUCACGGUGUGGUCUGCUCCUAAUUAUUGCUAUAGAUGUGGAAAUGUUGCUUCGAUAUUAAGCUUCAAUGAAAAUAUGGAGAGGGAUGUUAAAUUUUUUACUGAGACCGAGGAGAAUCAGGCUAUGAUGGCACCGCGAGCAGGAGUUCCUUACUUCUUGUAGAGUUAUCUUUUGCUGACACUAGAUGACUUUCCAAAAGCAUCAUCUAGUGCCACAAGUGAAGUAAAACUUUCCAUCAGUAUAAUAUGCUCUGCUGCACCAGGAUCAUGGUGUUUUGCCGCAAUGUCUGCCUGUCUAUCUGCAACGUUGAUCAGGCCUAGUGAUUCUGCAACAGUAUGUUGUCUUGGUUAGUCCCGAGGAAGUAUUCUGAGCAGACCUUCAAUCAUGUAUGGAGGUGAAAUGUAAUCUUGCCAUUUGAUAUAGACUUUUGUUAUCCCGAGGUGUGUUAGAUCUUAAUACAUCCUAACAAUAGUUGUAGAUGUGGCAGACUUUGUUGGAGGAGGUGGGGAUGAAUUAUCUCUUAUUCAUUUACUCAGGGUAUGACCUGUGUAUAUGGAUUUUGUGCAGUGAUGUUAAGAAGUUGGAUAGUUGAAUGUUGAAUUUCGCCCGCCAGUUUAGAUGCCAUCUUAGCACUAAGAUGGCCACCAAGCCAAAGUUGAGAGUCAAAGACUUCUUUUCAUUCUUGAUGUAUGUAUUCUUCAAUUUUAAACUUGUGGCAAAUCGUGAACAAUCAAA